GUUUGCCUCUCACGUCGAUCUCAGCAGCGUGACGGACCCGGAAGCUGGGUUUUAAAACGUGCGGGUCGAGCAUCGAAGUGUGACGCGACUUGUGGUCCAAUUUCCGCCUGUUCUCGGCCGCGCGGGAGUGACGGGCAUUUUCGACAUAAGAACAAGAGAUAGCUUUGUACCAGCACUUCAGCACUAGAGCACGAUUCGGACAGAGUCCUACGACAAGAUGAGCGACUCCGAUAAAGAGUUUGGUCCUGCGCGGGCCGAGGACCCCUCGAAGUACGCCGAUGAAGAGAUCGAGGGCCAGCUAGAAGAGGUGGAUCCCGUCGCGGAAACCAAGCUGGUGCGAAAGCUGGACAUCUUCCUCAUUCCCGUCGUCAUGCUGCUGUACCUCCUGAGUUUCCUUGACCGAGUCAACAUCGGCAAUGCCCGUCUCUACGGGCUGGAAGAGAACCUCAGCCUCAACGCCAAUCAAUGGCAAGUCGCCAUCUCCAUCCUCUUCGUUACUUACAUUCUCUCCGAGGUCCCUUCCAACCUCGUCCUCAAGAAACUGCGCCCUUCCCGCUGGAUCGCGUUUAUCACGACCGCAUGGGGCAUCGUCGCCACGCUCACCGGCGUCGUGCAGAACUACGCCGGGCUUAUCGUGUGCCGGCUUAUGCUCGGCGCAGUCGAAGGAGGCUUGUUCCCGGGUAUGGCCAUUUACCUCACCUUCUUCUACACGAAGCGCGAACUCGCGCUGCGCAUCGGCUAUCUUUUCGUCUCGGCCGCGCUUGCAGGCGCUUGUGGCGGGCUGCUAGCUUUCGGAAUCGGGCACAUGGACGGUGUGGCCGGCCAGCGCGGAUGGCGCUGGAUCAUGAUCAUCGAGGGUCUGCCAACCUUCGUCCUUGGAAUCGCCACAUGGUUUAUCCUCCCCGACCACCCUGAGCACGCGUACUUCCUCAACGAGAAGGAGAAGCGCCUCGCAGCCUCCAGACUCGCGCGGCAAACGGGAUACACGGCUAAGGCCGCCGAAUUCCACUGGAACGAUGUCCGGAAGUGCGUCAAAGACUGGAAGGUCUGGGCGUUCUGCUUUGCCCAGUUUGGUGUCGAUACCAUGCUCUACGGCUACUCCACCUUCCUUCCCACCAUCAUCAAAGGCAUCCAGCCCAAGGCCUCAGCCGCACUCGUCCAGGUCUAUACGAUUCCGUGCUACGCUCUAGGCGCGAUCACGUAUCUCAUCGUAGCUCGCAUUUCGGACCACCAGCAGAGGCGCGGACUCUACGCGGUGAUAUUCGGCCUCGUCAGUAUUGUGGGCUACGCGGUGCUGAUGAGCGACGUGAGCUCUGGAGCGCAUUACGCGGGCUGCUUUUUGGUAGCCAUGGGUCUCUACGUUAACGUCGGUCUACCGCUCGCGUGGCUGCCAACGAAUAGCCCGCGCUACGGGAAGCGUACCACAGCGACCGGGUUGCAGCUCUCGAUCGGGAAUUGUGCCGGUAUCAUGUCCAGUUGGUUGUAUCCCGCCAAGGAAGGUCCGCGAUUUGUUAAAGGUCACGGUGUGACAUUGGCCAUGGUGGCAUUUGCGAGCGCCGUGUACGCCUUCAUGUCGGUGUACUUCGCGAGGGUCAACGCAGGGCGAGCGAAGGGGCUGGAGGACCACAAAGUGGAGGGUAUGAGCGAUGAAGAGAUUGCUGAGCUGGGCGAUGAUAGCCCGCGGUUCGUGUAUACUAUCUGAGCGCAGGAGUAUACUGCUCGUCUUCAUUCAGUACGACGUUGC